AUGGGUAAAUUAAAAAGAGGGAAGAGAAAUCAAAAUAAAAGACAUAAUCCAAUAUCUAGAGACUCAAAAGAUUUGAAGAAAGAUGAGUCAACGAGGCAAUCAAAAAUUGUACCAUUGAUUAAUAAAUUAAGAUCAACUACUCCCAACGAUAAAUCAAUGGCCCUUGGUGCAAUAACAGUACUUGCCGAUGAUAAAAGAAUGAGACAAUUACUACUAAAAGAAAGAUUAAUACCCACUAUCCUUGAAACCUGUCUCAAUGAUUCAAAUGAUGAAAUUAUAGUAGAAUCGUUUGGUUUACUUCGUAAUUUGUCAAUUGAAGAAGGUUACGAUGUUAUUAAAUAUUUAUGGAGAAAUGGAAUUUGGAUUACAAUUGAAGAUUCACUAAAUAAAAUAAAUGAAUCAUUCAAGGUUUUAAAUGAGAAUAAAAUUACUGAUAAAUCAAAAUUGCAUUUAUUGUAUGAUUUUACUGAAAAUAUCUUAAGUUUGAUUAUUGUAUUAGCAAGUGGGAGUGAAGACAUUUAUGAUUCAAUAUUUGAAAAGAUUGAUCCUAUAAUUGAAUUUAUUUUGAAAUUGACAGAGCUGUACCUUGAUGGAAAAAAUAUCAUAUCAAAAAGAUUAUUCAAUUCAUUACUUGAAUUCAUUUAUGAAUUUUCAACUGAAUCUGUUGAAUUUAUACAAAAAUUGGAACAAUUUAAUUGGGAUAGAUUGAUUGAAUUUGUCAAUGAGAAUGGAUCAUCAUUAACUAAAAUAUAUAUUGAAGGUAUAAAAUUUAAUAAUUAUGAAAUUUUGGAAACUGAUCAUACUAAUAAACAACAAUUUUCAACAAUGAGAUUAAAUCAAAUAUAUACAAUUCUUGGAUCCAUAAACUUACAGCAAUUACAGAAAGAUUUACAUUUAAUAAAUAAUCCAAAUAAUGCAGAAAAUCCAAUACAACAAGAUUCAAGUACAAUAGAGAAAGAUUUAUCAUCAUCUAUAAAUGAAUUAAAAUCAAAAACUAAAAAUGAUUUAACUGCUAUUGAAACUGGUUUAGAUAUAAUAACACAAAUUAUAGAAUAUUUAUCAGUUAAUGAGGAUGAGUCAGAAUUACAAUUACAAGAAGAUAUCAAAAAAGUUUUACUAGAUGAAAUUGAUGUCAUGUUGGUUGAAUUGUUAAAAUUUGAUAUGUCCAAUAACAUUAUCAAAUUAAAUGAAAAAGUAUUAACAUGUCUAAGUAAUUUGAUUUGGUUAUUAUUUUUAAAUCAAACAUUACCAGUGGCAUGGUAUGAAAAAUCAACUGAAAUUUUACAAAUCAUACUAAAUAUGAAUGAUGAAAAAUUACAAAAAUCAACAUUAAGUAUACUAUGGGGAUUAAUAAAAACUUUAGGUCCAGAAAUACUUUCUAAAUUGCCAGAUCAAUUAAUUGAAAAUUUAUUAAGUAUUCAAUAUAAUCCAGAAUAUUUAGAUAGUUAUUUAUGUUCCAUUGGUGUAUUAGGUAGCAUUGCUCCAAUUGUAAAUAAUCAUGAAAUAACUUUUAAAAUUUCACAAUUUUUGCUUACUUCAAUUGAUUCUGCAGUUACUGGUUUAAAGGAAAAUAAAGAUGAAACUAACUAUGAUAUUAUAUUUGAAUCUUUGAAUUUGAUAUUUGAAAUAUUUGGUGAUAAAGAUUAUUCAUAUGAUUAUGAAAUCUUUGUCCAACAAAAUUAUAAUCAAAAGUUAAAAGAAUUAGAACCGACAAUCAAACAUGUAUAUAAAAAGAUUGAUAAGAAUAAGAAUUUACCAUUGAAGUUGAAAAUGGAAGAAUCCUGGAUCAAUUUGGAAAGAUUCAUAAAAUAUAAACAAAGUGAAAGAAGUUAA